AUCUUUACUGCACCCUGGAGGUGGAUUCCUUUGGGUACUUUGUAAAUAAAGCGAAGACGCGAGUCUACAGGGACACGACAGAGCCGAACUGGAAUGAGGAGUUUGAGAUAGAGCUGGAAGGCUCCCAGACCCUGAGGAUACUGUGCUAUGAAAAGUGUUACAACAAAAUGAAGAUGGCCAAGGACGACGGCGAGAGCACAGACAGGCUCAUGGGGAAGGGCCAGGUCCAGGUGAGGCUGCCCCCCUCCCCACGUGUGCCAUGUCCUUUCCCAUUCAGUGCUCAGGGACAGUGAGCCGGCCUGGCUCUCAGGGCAGGGUGGGGCCUGCACCCAGGCUUGCAAAAUGAGUCAGGCUGCACCCCUGGAACAUCUGCCACAGGAGACCUGAGCCAGCACCUUCACGGGUCCUUCCCUGCCCCUCUGUCUGUUCAAGAGUCUGUUAUGUCACAUCUUGUUCCCAAAGGAAUUUUAGUUGAACUUGUUUUUCCAGCUGG